GGGUAGCCUGGAUAAGAUACAAAGGACAGAAAGAGAGUCACUGCUUAUUGCUUACUGCUUUGCUUCUUUGUUACUUUGAUGCCUUCUGCCUGCCAUGAACUAUUUCUCCUCUGUGAUGCCUUGGAGCCACCCAGCUAUGAACUGAAUUCCCUAUAAACUAUGAGAUUAAAUAAUUGCAGGAAAAGAAGAUCAGAGCUCCCACGGAUUCUGCAUUGUGAUUUAGCUUUGGAGUCAAACCCUUCUGAUCAUCCAAGGGCAAGCACAAUUUUCCUGAGCAAAUCUCAAACAGAUGUGCGUGAAAAGAGGAAGAGCAACCAUUUAAACCAUGUAUCUCCAGGGCAGCUUACUAAAAAGUAUAGCUCAUGCUCAACAAUAUUUCUAGAUGACAGCACAGUCAGCCAGCCUAAUCUUAGAACCACAAUAAAAUGUGUGACCUUAGCAAUAUAUUACCACAUAAAGAACAGAGAUGCAAAUAGAUCCCUGGAUAUUUUCGAUGAGCGGUCACAUCCACUCACACGAGAGAAGGUUCCAGAGGAGUACUUUAAGCAUGACCCUGAACACAAAUUUAUUUACAGAUUUGUUCGAACCCUCUUUAGUGCCGCCCAGCUAACAGCUGAAUGUGCAAUAGUAACUUUGGUUUACUUAGAAAGGCUUUUAACUUAUGCUGAGAUCGACAUUUGUCCCACUAACUGGAAAAGAAUUGUUUUGGGAGCCAUUCUUCUUGCCUCCAAGGUUUGGGACGAUCAGGCUGUAUGGAAUGUGGACUACUGCCAGAUCCUCAAGGACAUUACAGUUGAGGACAUGAAUGAGAUGGAAAGGCAUUUCUUGGAGCUACUUCAGUUUAAUAUUAAUGUUCCUGCUAGUGUUUAUGCCAAAUACUACUUCGACCUGCGUUCCUUAGCAGAUGACAACAACGUCAACUUUCUCUUUGCUCCUCUCAGCAAAGAGAGAGCUCAGAACCUAGAGGCCAUUUCAAGAUUGUGUGAAGACAAAGACUUGUGUAGAGCUGCAAUACGAAGAUCCUUGAGUGCUGACAAUUGCAUUGGUGUUCAGCGCUCUAAUGCUAUCCUCUCUUAAGAGGGAGAAAUGAAGGAUAAUAAAAUCAUGAACCCCUGAUCCAUAGUAUGGAGAAGUAACUCCUCUCCCGCUCAAAAACCAGCAAAGUUAGUAUUUUCACCAAAAGAAAAGAAAAAUUCAAGAGACUCCUGGACUCCUGGACAGUGACAGUUGCACUCCAUAGAGAGAAUGGGACUUUGUCAAAGAAACAACACACUUUCUGUCUUUUUUUUAAUGUAAACAGUUU